AUGCCGCCCAAGGCUUUCCCACGUUCCCUCCCCAGCGCCGCGGUGCCAAUCCCCCAUUGUGUCCCACGCUCCCCAGCCCACCUGCUCCUCUGGGAGCAGGGGCAGAUCCCGGCUCCCUGCUCCACUCCGAGCUCAACCAGCGCUUGGGAUAGCGGGGCGCUCUCCCCGGGAAUCCCGAGGCCCCGAGGCAAGCACAGACUCGGGAACAGCGCCGGGCACCGCCCGGGCACGGGAUUUACACAGCCCCGGGCGGCCGGGGCUGCUCCGGGAGAAGGGGUUCAGAGGCACCGGCCCGACUCCGAGCUGGAGAAAGGAGCCGUCCCGGGGGUGGCCGUGAGCCCCCCGACCCACGGGCGAGCACCCGGCACGAGCCCGCGGCGGGAUCAUCGCACCCAGAGCCUCAGGGCAGCCCCGCGAUCCCCGUCUGCCCGUUCCACCAGCACGGAAACAGGGAUGGAGCAGAGCUGCCGCCUCCAGAGGUCACAACCGGCACCCGAGGACUCUGGUUCCCCCCCUGACAAACCCACAGCACCGAAUCCCUCCCGCAGCCUCCGGAGGCCUUGGCAGUUCACCAUCCCACUUCCAUGAUCCCUGGACAUUUGCUGGUAUUCCAGAGGAGCCCGUGACUUGCUGGACAAGUCCCCCCACUCCUCUCACGAGUAGGGAAGAAUGUUUCCCUUUCGCAGAGCAUUGCUCUGCUCGGAUGUGUUGCUUCCCUUCUUCCAGAAGGACCGGGAUGAUCCCACCGCGUGGAGCGCGAGUUGUUCCGAGGGAAUGUGAGCUGUAUCCUCCCGCUGGGAGGGCUGGGAAGGGUCGUUCGGAGAGGAACGACGGCUGUUCUUGACCUCUGUGAGGUUGUCCGUGUAUAUCUUCUGGGAAAGCUGAGGUGGGCAGGACAGAAUUCCCAAAAGUGUCCGUUCAGGAGGAGCCUUUUCCUCUGAGACUCCCCGGUGUCCCAGGGUAUCCACACCUGAGUGUGGCUGGAGAUGGGGGGGUCUCAGAGCAACUCACUGGACACAUUUGGGAAUAUGCCCUUCCCACGGUGCCAUCAGGGGUUCUAUAACAUUUAUAGUCUGUGCUGGGCGUGCUCUGGAAAUGGUUAAACCAUAACCCAAACGAUGUAGAGGAAAUUCCUCGGGAUGUCUUGCUCACAGACCAGGGCUGUUUGUGAGGUUCAGGAUGUGUGUGUGUGCGCCUUUUGUAAAGGCUAAAGCUCCUUUUUAUGUCCUUAUAGGAGAGAAAGUUACGGCCGUGCUGCCGAGCUUACAAGGAAUAUUUAUCAAAGUCUUUCAUGAAAGGCAGGUGUAUAAAUUAUAUUUACUCUUGGGUACCCUUUUACCAGGGGAAAAUGGGAAUUCCUUACUGUCCUUGGAGGAUGCUGUGACAUGUUCUGUGUGAGCUGCACGAGUGUGUAAGUCUGUGUCAGAGUUAUGCUGAACUUCAGAAACUGCAGAAAAUUUUAACGCUCAAAAAUAAAUAAAAAACUGUUAAAUGAA